AUGCAAAAAACUGUCGGGGCCGACAGCAUAAUAAGAAAUGCACAAGCAUAUCUUGGUCCUAACAGAUCACAGGCUGCACCCAUAACAAGCCUGGAGAAAAUGCUGCCGGAAACUGAGGCGAUGCCAGCAUUUCCUAUAUCAGUUUUCGUCAAGUUAAGAUUGUCCCUGAUAAUCGGAACAAGGGGUGCAGCUGCAAAAGUGGAGACAAAACAGGUGAAAAAUGAAAUCCAAGAGAGAUGGAAAGUUCGCAUGUGUGGAUUAGCAAAAGAGAAGAUUUUGAAAACUUUGGAUUUGUGCUCUGAAUCAACUGGUAAGUCAAAUUUUGCUGUUGAAUCAGUGGGAAUUGUUGGAUCAGAAGCCACAGAAAAAGCAAAUGUUUGUUCUUUGCCUGUGACUCCAUGCAUGGAGCUUCCUGGAGAGUUUUCUUCGCCUGCCAUAAUUGCUCAAUUUGGUUCUCUUCUCUCCAGGGUUUUCUUGGAGACGUGGAAGGCCAUUUUAUAUAUAUAA